GUCGCAUUUUUAUGCAUUUUCUGUUUAUCACCUAAGUCCUGGAUGGUCUGUAAUGAUCAGUCUUUGACAUACUGAAGUCUGGAAACACAUGAAACUGACCGGUGCAUCACAAUCUGUGUCUUGCAUGCUUUGAAGAAUUGGAUUGUUUAUAAGCUCCUGCUGCCAGAGCUUAGAUAUAUGUCAUCUGUUUCUUCUCAAUCGGUAUAUGUUCAACCAUAUCCGCUGCUCUCAGACUGGUAUCGUUGGAUAUCUUCAUGCCGCUCGUGAUUUUCGCCAUCCUUGAGUUCGUUCAAGUGACCUGGAUCGGAAACAUGCUUUGGUAUGAUGGAUAUGAUCCCGAAUGGAUUUUAGGAACGCGAUGGGGCUCUCCAGCCGAGCCUGAACCACCACCACCGCCACCUCCUCCUCCUCCUACGCUCCCUCCCGAUGAGGAGAAGGUAGCUGCAGUACCCGAGCCACCGAAGCCGAUAAAGUUGAAAUCUCCUUCUUGCUGCGAAGGGUGUGAAGAAAAAAUGAAAACCGUCUUCAUUGGUUUGGAUGGUUUGGAAUCUGUGGCAGUAGACUUCGAAUCGGGACUCGUUACCAUCACGGGGAACGUGCAAAGUGAAGAGUGCUUGAAUCUGGCAAAGAGGGUGGUGAAACGUACUGUUAUGUGGUGAGGAUGGACAUACAGGGAUCUGGAAGACAGAAGGAGAAUGGGUGCAGCGGGAUUACAAAUCGUUCAUGUUGCGUUGCAAAGUAGAAUAUCUCACAGUUUUCGUACAUCUAUGUUGUGAUUCAAAUGAUCAAGACAGCAUAUUAGUUCCUAUUCUCAGACUGGCCUAUUCGAAUGCUGAGAACGAGAAAGUAAUUUGAGAACAUUGUCUACAGUUUCAAAGUCGUUCAGGAAGGUCGUUAGUCUGAGUUCCAUUAAUUACACUCAAAACAGGCUAAGCUUUUAAGAAGCUGCUACAUUUUGGUAUUUUUCCUUCAAGCAGAUUAAUCAGAUCCAACAGUGCUCG